UGAUGGUGGAAUGUCAACUCUUUCUCCCUUCAAUUGCUCUCUCAUACUUCUUCCUUCUCUCGUUCCUUACCUUGCCUGUGUUCAACAAGCAACUUGUUCGUCGUCAACAUGGGACUGCUCAGCUCUACAGGCAUUGAAGCCACACCUACUGGUGUAGGCGCAUCACUACUUGCUCUUUUGGUACUAUCUCUUCUCGCGCGCAUUGUAUACAUGCAAUACUUCCACCCACUUGCGAAAUUCCAAGGACCAUGGUAUGCAACUUCAUUCUCAGUUGUUGGGGCCUUGAUCUCCAUCAAGAAGAAAGAACCAGAGUUCUUCAUGUCUCUGGUGAGAAAAUACGGUUCCGAGCAACCCAUCCGCAUCUCUCCAACAAUGCUCCUAUUUCCGAAGCCAUCAGCGCUUAAGGACAUCUACUGGGACCCGAAGUGCAAUCAGAAAUCCGGUUUGUAUGGUACUGGUGCGUUAGGCCCGCCGCACCUCUUCACCACCUUGGAUGGGGAAGAGCACAAGGCCUUGCGAAAGGCACUCUCAAACGCCCCAUGGACGAUCGGCCAAUUGAAGAACACUUGGGAACCUCGCUUCGAUGACCAGGUCAAGCUGUUUGUCCAGAAGAUGAAGGAGCAUGCCGCUGCAGGACGCACGGUAUGUCUCAGUGACAAGGUCGCCGAGUUUGCCGCCGAUAUUAUGAGCAUGAUUUCGUUCACCAAGCCUUUCGGAUGCGUGCAGAACCAACGGGACGAGAAGAACAUCUUGUCGAACUGGCGCAAGGGUCUCGAUUUCUUUGGGUUUGUCGGACGCUUCCGUUUCUUCAGAGAACAUAUCAUCAAGCUUCCGGUGGUGGGACUCUGGUUCUUGCCAGCAGUUUCCAAUGAUUCUGGAAUGGGCUGGUUGAUGUGCGAAGCCGACCGCCAAGUCACCACCAGGGAAAACCUCAUCGCCGAGAAGUCAUUCGAAGGCAAACCUGAUUUCAUGCAACAUGCUCUCGAGGCUAGAUAUUCCGAUGGCUCUCCCUUGACUCCGAUGCAAAAGCGAGCUCAUGUGACCCUUCUGAUCCAGGCAGGUGCUGACACUACUGGUACUGCGCUUGGAUCAAUUCUUCGCUUUAUUGUCACGAAUCAGAAAGUGUACCAGCGCUGCCGCGAGGAGAUCGAGACCGCAGACAAAGCAGGGAAGCUAUCCAACCCAAUCCUCUACGAAGAGACCCGCCAGCAUCUACCAUACUUCGUUGCCUGCAUCAAGGAAGGCCUUCGAUUGAACCCGCCUGCGACGAAUCUCUUUGCUCGCAUGGUACCCAAGGAAGGCAAAGUGCUGGAUGGACACUUCAUUCCCGGAAACACCGAGGUCACUUCCCACGCAUACGUGAUGCAGCGCGACAAGGAACUGUACGGUGCUGACGCAGAGGAAUUCAACCCUGAGCGCUGGCUCCAGAGCGAGAAGACAAACUUCAAGUAUGAAGCUGCACAGUUCACAUUUGGUGUUGGAUCACGCAUUUGUCUUGGAAAGGAUGUGGCCAUUAUGGAGCUUUACAAACUUCUCCCAGAGACUAUCAGGCGUCUUGAUAUCUCUGUCAAAGAAGAGGGUAAAUAUGUCGUUGCGGGUGGUGUUGCCUACAAUGAAGGAUUCCUAGGAGAUUUCUCGCUGCGAAGUGCUUAGAUCGUGUCCAC